UUCAGUCCAAAUUUGCUGUAUCCCGAGCAGUCUUCAACCCGAGAAAUCUGGCUCUCAUCGUGUUGUACGUCAGACCCAAGUCCAAUACGUUCAGAUAUGGCGUCAUCAAGCACACCAGGGAUAGCAGGACAACUCGUUAAACCAGAGUACAGAAACUGGCUCGCUCUUGGUCAUGCCUUGACAACGGUCCUCUGUCAGGGACUUCGUCCGUUUAUUACGCGAGAGAUGGAGGCUUUCCAUAGGAAUUUAACAGCAAGAGUCCUUGGACCCUGCACAUGUGUCCAUGUCCCGAGAAGAAGGCCAAAUGAGUUCCAAGAUAUGACUACAUGCCCAUGGGCAAACAUACUUGAAGCUUAUCACCAUAGAUACAAACCAAACUGGAGGCAAAGUGAUCCAGGAAAAUGGAUGGACCCAGCUCUUGGUCCGUGGGAAAUUGCUAAACUUUACCUUCCUGAUCUAGGUGGACAUGCUGAUAUCAAGAGUGCAGACGACAUGGACAUCACUGGUAUCUUAAACCUAAUGUACUGGUGCAAUCACUUCACCAUUCCUCAAGCUUUGAUUAAAGAUAUCCGCGACACUCGAAACGACAAAUGGGUGCAUGUGCCGAGGCUUGAGUUGCCCAAUGCAGAGAAGACCGUCGCUUUUGACUCCAUCGAAAACUUGCUGAGGAGUCCUUCUCUAGCCACAGAUCCAGACGCGCAGAAUGCGCUCAGAGAAAUCGAAAACCUUAAGAAUGUUUCAGACUUGCACAUUUUUGAGGCUCAGGUAGUGGCAGAGCUUAUUAAAGUGCUGAACAAGGAGAUUUCACUCGUAAUGCAACAGUCCCGAACCAGCCAGGAGCAGUUGGACCAAAUGAAACAGCUAGUGUUACUUUUGGAAAACAAAUUGAAAGACUUAGAGCAAAGGAACGGCUUUUUAACGCUAUUUCACUUCGUACUAAAAGGUUUAGAAAGCUUUCUCAGUAGCCUGGUCAGGAGUCUCAAACGGAUCAGACAAGCCUUGAUGAUAUGGUUGUUUAUGGCUCUCUGUUUGAGCCUCUUUGUCAAGCUUGAUGAUAACACCUUUAUUAGAGACGGCUGCCCGUUCGAAAAUCUGAGUGUCCCAUUUGACACAAAAGAGUUUGGUUGGUUUGACUAUUUGAAUAGUGCAAAAGAAGAGUUCAUCGGUCGCAGUUGGCUUUAUCGAGAGCUGGAAUCUGUUUUUGGUCAUUCGGUUCAAGAAAAUUACCUAACUGGAGUUCUAAUCAUUGGGGAUCCAGGAGCUGGAAAGUCUGCCCUGUCUGCUCAAUUGAUUUGCUCCCCAACAUCAAGUCGAAUCAUCCAUGCCCAUAUCUUAGGGUACCAUCUAUGCAAAUAUUCUGACAAGAAUACACAAACUGCAGGCAGGUUUGUUCGUAAUUUAGCAGAGAUGAUCGCACGAAGGAUCCCCGAAUACGGUUUCCUAGUCUCCAAUAGUUCGUACAUUCUGCGUUCACUGCAUACUGACUGUGCAAACAAUCAAGAUCCAGUGGGUUGUUUUGAACAAGCAGUUUUGUCACCCUUGAAAAGCCUCACGAAUGUACCAAAGGAAAACUGGUAUUUAGUGAUUGAUGCUUUGGAUGAAUGCCUCACACAAACGGAAUUUAGGCUAAGUAUCGUAUAUUUGCUCAAUAACAAACUAUCCCGUUUUCCGUCUUGGCUCAAGCUUGUGAUGACAUCUCGUAAUGAGUCUACCGUUUCCUUUAAUCUAAGGAGCAUAAAGAAGCUAGUCAUUGGUCCUGAGGAUUCUCGCAACACUGAAGAUAUCGAAAUGUUUUUAACUACUCGAUUUUAUCAAGAUGGUCCAUUGCUCCACCGCGUUAAAGCUUGGUUUGGAGAUGCUAGCUUAGAAAACACAGCUAGGUUGAUUUCUCUUUUGUUAAGCAAAAGCCAGGGAAAUUUCCUGUUUGUUAAAGAAAUGAUCCGUCACUGGGAAGCUACAAGAAUCAUAAAAAAUGAUCCACAUGCAUUGCCUGAAACGAUAGAAGAGUUAUAUUACAACUAUUUUCAAAGAUUAUAUCAUGGAGAGGAACAUUUCAAACCUGUAAGACGGAUUUUAGAAUUACUCGUGGCCACUUUUCAGCCACUCACACCGAAAGAAAUUUUUGACGUUCUUAGAGUACAGGAGGCAAACCUGGAACAAGACUAUGAUUUUAAAAAUGGAAUGAAGGAGCUUGGACAUUUCCUGAGAUACGGAAAGGAUGAUACAGUAACACUGUAUCACUUGUCUUUAACCGAGUGGCUUACAAGCGACGAUGGUAGAAAUGGGCUAUUUUACGUAAAUAGAAUAAAAGGACACGAAGCACUUUGUAAUUUUUACUUUAAAUGUAUUACCGAGGAAGGUAAGCCUGCGUUAUUAAAGUACAGUCUUUCUUUGGCGCAACACAUAGCUUAUGGCGGUUGGAAGGAGGCAUACGUAGAAAAAUUUCUCAACUUUCCUUCUCAGGUCGUCAAUUCGUCGGAUCCUGAAAGUAAUAGGACAGUAUUGCACCUCGCAGCCACAAUAAAUAACACAGACGUACUGGAGCUUCUGUUGCGCCACUUUAGUGACAUCGAUUCCGCUGACAAUUUUGGAAAAACAUCCGCUUUUCUAGCGGCUGAGCACGGACUUGUAGACAAUCUUGCUUUAAUGGUGAAGAAAGGAGCCGAUGUUAAUCUUAGAACAAAAUCACUUUCUUCGCUGGGUUUUGAAAGCUACCGUUAUAUUCCCGAUUUAGUUUUGGAGUCGAAAUUGAAGUUUAGGGGGGCCACCAUGCUUCACGCUGCUGCGCAUGCAGGUCAUCUGAAGGUUGUAAAUUUCCUUCUGGACAAUGGAGCAUUCAUUUCCAUUGCAAACGAAGUUAACCUAACGGCACUUCAGAUUGCCGCUGAGAAAGGACACUUGGAAGUGGUGAAGGCAUUACACAAGGCUGGUGAAGUUGCAGAUCAAACCGCUCUACAUCAUGCAGCACAAAACAACAAGUUAGAUGUGGUGAAAUAUCUUCUGGAUGUCGGUGUAAAAGAUACAUGCAUGAGAUGUGAUGGCUCUUUUCAUUGGUUGAAGUCUGAAAAGUACCGGUUACAGUCUAAAGUUAAACAUGUAGUUGUUUAUGCAGGCGGAUUGAAUGGCAUCUCAGAAAACUCUAGAGUUUUGUUUGGUGAGCUAUUCGAUGACAAACAUUUAAUCUACUGCGAAACUGCGCUACACUCAGCAAUAUCCUAUGGCCAUAAUGAGGUGGUCAAGGAGCUUAUUUCUAGGGACAAAAGCGCGCUAGCGUGUAAGGAUUAUUCAGGUAGGACACCCUUACACGAAGCUGUUCGAAGAAACAACAGAGAAAUAGUUACUAUUCUGCUUAAAGAAGACCAGACAGAAGUAGACUCAACAUGCGAAUAUCCUCCGAGUUUCCGUGGAAUGUAUUCGAUUAUGAAUCACAAGGAAUUGAUGGAAUAUAACCAAGAAAUGUGCCACUGUGGAUACACACCUCUUCAUCUGACCGCGAGGUAUGGAAACUGGGAAAUUGCUAUUGAUCUCCUACAGAACAAGGCAAUGGUUGAGUCUAAAGACUGUUUGGGGGUGACUCCACUUCAUGUAGCCACUUGCCAUAAUCACCAACAUGUAGUAGAAGUCCUUGUUAAGUUCGGUGUUAACAUUAGUAGCAAAACUUCUAACGGAUCGACACCUCUUCAUAGCGCUGCAGCAUGUGGAGCUGUAGAGGUUAUUGACCAGUUAGUUUACCAUGGAGCGAUCCUUGAUGCAACUGAUGACAGUAACCUCACAGCCCUGCAUUACUGUAUCCUUAACGUACAGCCUAGCCAUCUUCGACAUCAUCUUGCUAAGUUUUACGAAGAUGAGAAUAACUACGUUAGAAACACGAACUUUUACCGAUGGCUGGAUGUAUUUAUCAAUUUGAUCUUACUCGGUUCCAAUAUAAAUGCAUUGGAUGUACAUGGUCGCUCAGUAUUGCAUGUAGCUGCAAAAAAUGGUUUGGCCGACGCUGUCAACGUUCUAAUACAAAGAAAGUCACAGCUUGACGUUCUUGAUAGGACUGGUGAAGCACCAUUGACUGCGGCUAUCAAGAACGCCGCAGUGGCACCCAAGCAGUGGAUAUUCACAAUUGGAGAUACCAUAGAUCAGCUUCAAGAGUAUUUAAGUGAUCACGAAAUGGUAAUAUAUCUUCUUCUCUCAUCUGGAGCGUCACUGAUGAUUUGUAAUCAUUCUGGGGAGAGCUUACUAAACCAUGCUAUCAUGAAAAAUCGGCUGCUCAUUCUUCAGCUUCUGCUACUUAACGGAGCAAGUGUCACCUGUAAAGAUAAACAAGGAAGGACGCCUCUCUUAACUUUCCUUCAAGUUGGUGGUGACGGGGUAGACGUGGUCCUUAAACGGUUCAAUGCUCCAAUAGAAAUAAAGUGUGGAAAGCCAUUCAACACCUCUGAGUUACAUUUGAUAUGUUAUACCCCUCCGAGCAUGGAAGAUGAUAAUUUUUUUCAAGAGAUCUUGUGUGACGAUCACUCGUGCUCCUCUAAAAAUGGGCCUAUAUUCACAUAUAUUGAAAAUCAUCCUUUGAAGUACAAGUCAAUCGAUUCCUGUCUAGAUGCCGAAGGAUUUACACCUUUACAUAGAGCAGCACAAGGCGCAAAUACAGUUGCUGUUUCCAACCUCAUAAGGCACGGUGCAAACCAGUCUUCCCUAAGCCCAGAUGGAUACGAUGCUUUGACACUAGCUCUUCUCCAUGCUGGAAAUACCUCAUGGUGGUUGUCCGACCAAUAUGAUCACUUGAAAUUGUACAGAGUUUCUGUUGUGGCCCUAGAACUUCUUCGCCAUAAAAUGAAGACAAGUGGCUACCAAAUUAUAUGUGACUCCAGUAAAGCUGAGCUAACUUUAUACCACUUGGCAGCCUCACGAGGCUUGCUGCACUUUAUUAAGGAGAUAUUUAAAGAUAAAGACUCUCAUCAGUUAGAUGUUGAUUGUCCUAACAGAGAUGGAAUAACACCAAUGUACUUGGCAAAGAUAUCCAGCAAACACGAGGAGGACGGUGUUUUCAAAUUCUCGAACCCGUGGGCCAGGGUUGUGGAGUUUAUUGAAAAAAUGGGAGGACAUAUGCAGUAUCCAAGUAGACAUGCUGAGUACAAUGUCAUCUAUUACAGGUUGUACGAUUGGAUUCCGAAGGAAGAGAAGGUGAAUUUAAGACCUGGUGUUCGUGAGUUGUUCGCAGAAUUAGUGUCUUAUCCCAGUCAUGUAUCUUCUAUGAGCUGUUAUUCCUUAACUUCACACUUAUUGGAGUUUCGUUUUAGUAAUCUUAAGGUUAUCACUUUUUUAGAAUUAAUCCAGCAAAUUCUGCUUUUAAAACGUCGAGGUUUUCCCUCAAGGAUACCAAACAAUGUCUGCUUAAAUGAACUUUGGAGGGUGUCUUUAUGGAUUGACAGAUAUUUGAAUCAUAGAUACGUAUAUGGUGAGUUAAAUUCUUCAAAGUUAGAAUUGCGACUUUUUUAUAUGAUUAGAGCCUGGCAUGAGGAAAGAUUUUUCUUGUUACCUUGUUACAAGAUGGCUUUUUCUAAAUUUCGACCAUAUUUCAGGGAUGAAAAAAAAAUUGAAGUACUAAUUAAACAGUACGAAGAUAGCAUGCUGCUAUGGCAUUUAACUCAGGUAUGUUUUGAAGUCACAAACAGCAUAUUUUUUAAGACUUUUUGGCCCAUUUUUUUCGAUAAAUAUAAUAUCGAUGAGACCAGAGACCGGAACUAUCCAGACUUCAUAAGAGAACGAAUGGGAUGGGAAACAACUUGGGAAGGGAUACGUGGAUUUUUUAGAUAUUGGCCAGCAGAGUUCGUCAUUAGAUUUACCUUAGGGUUGUACCGUCAGUAUGAUUAUCUUAAAAUUCUUGAAGUUGGAUUAGAACCAGGGUCUCGUGUUUCAAUUCACAAAGGAACUUGAUGUAAUGAUUACAGGGUCACGAAUUACUAUUGAUUACUGUCCAAGUUGAAACACUAUAUAGUCCCAUGCAACAGCUAAUUAAGUAAGACGAGUUUACGUACGUUCUGAAUUAACAUGUAGGUUUCUUCGUGACGGUCGUAGAAAAAUAACGAUUAGUUUAGAAGCAAUUUUUGCCUGGAAAUUUAAUGCUAUCAUGCUAAGAAGAAAAGAUCAACACAAAGCUUGUUAACAUCAUUUUGUCAUACAGUGACAAAAUGAAUUUGUCUAUCUGAAUUUUAUUCUUUUGUUGAAAUCUAGUUGCGGCUAAUACCCUAUCACACCAGUAAAUUAUGUUUUGUUAAAAAGGGUUUAGAUGAAUGAAUAUCAAAAACAGAGAACUGGAAAAUAAAAUUUCCCUAUGAUUCAAAUAAUCGCUAACUUAAGAAGCUUCGAUGAAGAGAAAAAAUUUAAACCGAGUUUAACACCACACCUUUAAAACAUAUUCAAGCUUUGGUGUGAAUGGGACCUAAGGCUGUUAGUAAACAGCUUUAUAUUUGUCACGCGAGAGAAUCUAUUACAGUUGGGAUUAAAGCAGGAUAUGUACAUUCAAUGGAGUGUAUCAGAAGAAGAGGUAUUUUUUUAUAGUUAUUUUAGGCAUUAGAUGAUCGAUUUUUCUAUUUGUACAAUGAAAUAUCCACUGGAUCAAAUUCAAAGGCAGACGUAACCAAAAAGGACUCAAAGACAGUAGUGAUAUCGGUGAGAAAUUACCAGAAAAGCACUGAAAAUGUUGCACUGGUUUCGAGUUGGAGAACUUGUUCACUAAUUUUUUCGAGUCUAAUAGAAAUAAAGCUUUUUCAACUCGCUUGGGUAAAGUAGAUCUCAAUCAGAGGAAAAAAGGAUUGUUUAGUGAAUUGUCAAGUGAAUUUAAUCCAAUUAAGAAUUCCGAUCAAAAUUAGUUUUCCUCAAAUUAACUGACUGAACAAAAAGAGGCCGAAAUGGAUAUAGGUACGAAGAACUCCCUUGAACUGAUAACAGUUCAGAUAGGACUGACAACCCACAACAAAAAAGAAAGUACACAAAAACUCGAUUAUUUGUGGAAGAGAGCUUAUAAACUCGAAGCAAUUAAGUUCUUGAGGGAAAGGCCUGACUACUUCGAGAACAAAGUCAACGCAAGCGCCCGAGCCAGCGAGCCACGACACCUCGUAAACGCGAUUAAAUAGGAAAACAGUGUCAACAUUGUUGUAUGUAAAUUAUCAACAGGUAAUCAGUUCAUUUCGUGUGCAAUUUGGGAUAAAUCAGCACUCGUAGAUUUUUCCAAGACUAUAAUUUACACUCGCCCUAUGAGCUCGUAAAAUUUGGGUGGCAUCUGAAAGUUUUAAUCACGCUGAUUGAUCCAAAAUUGUACGCAAAAUCUGAGCCUCUGGCUCGGAAGAUAGUGCAAACGCUUCCCACGUCUUCGACAUUAAAUAAAAACUCUUCAAAAAUUGAAAGUUAAACACUUUUUAUUAAUUUUCUAUAGAUGGCGCUGAAAUUCUCCUUACACAAAUAAAUUAGGCACAUACGAUUUUUUGGGUCCCCUUGCAUGAUAGAUUCGAAAAUCAUUGUGAGAUUUGCUCUCGAGAAUGCAAAUCAGUAUCCGGGAAGUAGUAUAGGGGGCCUUACUCGUGAUUACGUAGAGGUCUGGGUCCGAGUGGCUCGGCCGAGUUAGGUCUAAUUAGUAAUUCAUACCACGUAGGUGCGCGAGGGGUUAUUAGGGUUAGGGUUAAAUUUCGCGUAGGUGUACGAGGGGUUAUUAGGGUUAGGGUUAAA